CAUUGGAGCAGUGCAAACGUGUCGUAGGUUCAACUGUCGCGCAAUAUUUCUAUAUUUCAUGUGGCAAUGUUAGCACAUACGGGAGAUUAAUCAAUUGAAGUAGUAAACUAUUGGGACAACAGCGUAGCCAGACUCCAAUACGUGCUAAAUUGCUGGGGAUACUACGUGCUCCACAAUGACAGAGCGUUAUGCGAAUGGAGUGACCACCAGUUUAGCUGAGCCUAAUACCAACGGACGUGGGAACGUGAACAUCGCAGAAGAGGAUGAUAAAAUAGUUUUGAAACGCAAACUAACACUUAUCAAUGGUGUUGCCAUAAUAGUUGGCACUAUAAUUGGUUCGGGCAUUUUUAUAGCACCCACUGGAGUGUUUAUUUAUACAGAAUCCGUCGGAAGUUCGCUCUUGAUUUGGUCUGCCUGUGGCAUUCUUUCAACAAUUGGCGCUCUCUGCUACGCUGAAUUGGGCACAAGUAUCACGAGAUCUGGCGGCGAUUAUGCUUAUCUUUUGGUUGCAUUUGGCCCACUUGUUGGAUUCUUGCGUCUGUGGAUUGCUCUGCUAAUUAUCAGGCCAACAACCCAAUCUAUUGUUGCAUUGACCUUUGCACACUAUGCGGUUAAACCUUUCUUUGAAGACUGUGAUCCACCACAAAAUGCAGUAAAGCUGCUCGCUGCUGGCUGCCUAUGUCUGCUUACGGCAAUUAAUUGCUUGUCCGUCAAGGUGUCCAUGAAAGUGCAGGAUGUGUUUACGGUGGGCAAGCUGCUGGCGCUGAUUAUGAUAAUACUCGCUGGAUUGUAUUAUUUGCUAACUGGCAACUCGGAGAACUUUUCGAAUCCAUGGGAGGGCACUUAUAAUGCUCGCAACAUUGGCUAUGCCUUUUACUCCGGCCUGUUUGCCUUUGGUGGCUGGAACUACUUGAACUUUGUCACUGAAGAGUUGCAGGACCCGUACAAGUAAUUCCCUAGACAAGCCAUGCCGCUGGUCACGGGCAUUUAUGUGCUCGUCAAUCUUGCCUACUUUGCUGUGGUGUCCAAGCCCGAGAUGCUUAGCUCCUUGGCCGUUGCAGUUACAUUUGGCAACAAAGUCUUUGGUCCGCUGGCAUUUAUGGUGCCCAUCUUUGUAGCGCUGAGCACAUUUGGUGGCGUCAAUGGCGUGCUCUUCACCUCGGCGCGUCUAUUUGCAACGGGCGCACAAGAAGGACACUUGCCCAGAUUCUUUCAGCUAUUCCAUGUGAAGCAGCAGACGCCCAUACCCUCACUCAUAUUUACAUGUCUAAUGUCGCUAUUGAUGCUGCUCACCGACAAUGUUUAUGCGCUCAUCAAUUACUUCAGCUCAGUGUUGUGGCUAUCUGUGGUGGCAAGCAUUAUGGGCAUGCUCUGGCUGCGUUACAAGAAACCCGACAUGCCGCGUCCCAUCAAAGUGCAUUUGGCUCUGCCCAUUAUCUUCAUGACAAUCUGCGUGACUUUGGUAAUGCUGCCGAACUACAAAGAGCCUGCAAAUCUACUCAUUGGCAUUGCCAUCACACUGGCCGGCAUUCCCUUCUAUUAUCUCUGCAUUGCCUGGAAGCAGAAGCCCAAGUGCUAUGGCCGUCUGUCGAACGCCAUGGUGGAGCUUUGCCGCGCUAUAUUCAAUACUACCAUAAUAGAAGCAAAUGAAGCACUCAAAUAGUCUUAAGCA